AUGAGCUACCCAACUGCCCACAACACGCAAGUCCAGAACCCUCGUCUGAGGCUUCUGAAUAAGCUCAGAUCAGGGGAGUACCCCCUGAUGACCUUUAUGGCCAUCCCGUCAGUGCGCCAGGCUCAAAUUGUCGCCCUGACUGGCCUUGACGGCAUCAUUAUCGAUGCCGAGCACGGUCACAUUGGCGACGACUCCAUGCACAACUCGGUCGCCGCCAUCUCAUCCCUGGGUGUCUCGCCCAUCAUCCGUAUCCGCGGACCUGCCCACGAUAUCAUCAAGCGCGCCCUUGAUACCGGUGCCCACGGCAUCAUGGUCCCACAAAUCAACAAUGCUCAAGAAGCCGCCCAGAUUGUGGCUUCCUCCAAGUUCCCCCCACAGGGUGUGCGUGGACAGGGCUCAGCCUUCCCAGCUAUCGGGCACGGCCUUACCACGCCCGAGUACAUGAAGUCGGCAAACGAGACCAUCCUCACCAUGAUCCAGAUCGAGACCCGCGAGGGCGUCGAGAACGUGGACGCUAUUGCGGCCACUCCCGGCGUAGAUUUAGUCUUCAUCGGACCCAAUGAUCUGGCUCAGUCGCUCCUGGGAUACACGCCCGCACGGGGAGACGAGCCUGAAUUCGUCGCUGCAGUUGAUAAGAUCAUCGCUGCGGCGAGGAAGCAUGGCAAGUGGGCUGGGCGUAUGGUGAACAACGGCACAGUGGCCAAGGAGGAGCGCCCAAGAUACGACACCGUGGCCAUCACCGGAGACACUAAGGCCAUUCAGAACUGGUACAUAUCCGAGUUUGAGAUUGCGAGGUCAUAG